AUGAUCGCCUUCAAAGCAACAACCAUCCUUCUCCUCGCAGCCGUUGCCAGCGCGCGGCCCUCCGAUGAAUGGGAGCCCGAAGGCCACUCGCACUCGGAGCACACCAAGCCAUACCACGUAACAGUGGUGAAGAAGAUCGGAGUGCCCAUACCUCAUCCAGUCGCGGUGUCGGUGCCGCAGUACGUGAAGAUACCCAUUCCUCAUCCCUACCCCGUUCACGUCACUGUUGAACAGCCGAUCCACGUACCUGUAUACAAGGUUGUACCUCAAGUAGUAGAGAAACCAGUGCCUUACACAGUCGAAAAGCCUGUGCCUUACGAAGUCGAAAAGCCCUACCCAGUUGAGGUCGAGAAAAAGGUUGAGGUCCCGAUCCCCAAGCCUUACCCUGUCCACGUUCCCGUCUACAAGCACGUCUACCACUACAAGGGCGGCAAACAUUAA